CGGCCGCGGCGGGAGCGCCGCCGUGUCCCCGGAGGGACGGCGGGGCCCGGGCGGUGACACCGGCGGUGACACCGGGCAGGGCCGGGCCGGGCACAGCCACCGCCGCGCUCCCCGCGCCGCCCGGGCCGGGCCGCCGCUCCCCCGGGCCGGGCGGGGUCACCUUCAUGGGCGGGCGGGAGCGCGCGGCGCUGCCCGGGGCCUGCUGAGGCGGCGGCGGGGGCGGAGCGCCGGGAGCGGGACCGGGGGCGAUGUUCGUGCAGGAGGAGAAGAUCUUUGCGGGGAAGGUGCUGAGGCUCCAUGUGUGCACCAUGGAGGGCGCCGAGUGGCUGGAGGAGGUGCCCGAGGACACCACGGUGGAGAAGCUCAAGGAGCGGUGCCUGAAGCACUGUGUUCCUGGCAGCUUGGAGGAUCCCAAAACUGUGACACAUCAUAAGCUGAUCCAUGCUACUUCUGAGAAGGUGCUGACAGACACAAAAACAGUGUUGGAAGAGAACAUUCAGGACAGAGACGUGUUGCUGCUGGUCAGGAAGCGUGCCCCAACGCUGCUCCCCAAGAUGGCAGAUGUGGUUGCAGAGGAGAAGAGGAAGCAGGAGCAGAAGGCUCCUGACAAGGAUGCCAUCCUCAAAGCCACUGCCAACCUGCCUGCCCGCAGCGUGGACCGCACCGUGACCCACCACAACAUGAGGGAUUUCCAGACAGAGCUCCGGAAGAUUUUAGUGUCUCUCAUAGAAGUUGCACAGAAAUUGCUAGCACUGAACCCUGAUGCAGUUGAACUAUUUAAGAAGGCAAAUGCCAUGCUGGAUGAGGAUGAGGAGGACAGGGUGGACGAGAUCGCGCUGCGCCAGCUCACUGAGAUGGGCUUCCCAGAGAGCAGAGCUGUCAAAGCCCUCCGGCUCAACCACAUGUCAGUGACCCAGGCCAUGGAGUGGUUGAUAGAACACGCUGAUGACCCUUCUGUGGAUGCUCCUCUGCCAGGUCAGGCUCCUGCAGAAGCCCCAGCUGAAGGUGCAGCCUCCUCUGCUGAGGCAGCUGCAGGUCCCAGCUCGGAGGAGGGCGGGGAAGAGGCCAAGGAUGAGCUGACGGAAAUCUUCAAGAAGAUCCGGAGGAAAAGAGAGUUUCGUCCAGACCCACGGGCUGUCAUUGCCCUGAUGGAGAUGGGAUUUGAUGAAAAGGAAGUGGUGGAUGCACUCAGAGUGAACAACAACCAGCAAAACGCAGCUUGUGAGUGGCUGCUGGGAGACAGAAAACCUUCUCCUGAGGACUUAGAUAAGGGCAUUGACACCAACAGCCCUCUCUUCCAAGCCAUCUUAGAAAACCCAGUGGUACAAUUAGGGCUCACCAACCCUAAAACUCUACUAGCCUUCGAGGAUAUGCUUGAAAACCCCUUGAACAGCACUCAGUGGAUGAACGAUCCUGAAACGGGGCCGGUGAUGUUACAGAUCUCCCGAAUCUUCCAGACACUGAAUCGCACGUAGAGGGAGCUGCCAGUGCACUGUGCCACUUCCCCCUGCCCCUCACUCCCCCUCCACCUCCACAGGAGGGUGCCUGGAUGGUUGGGAAGGGGUGGAUGGGAGGGAGGGAGGGAGGGAAGGGGGGAGAUCCUGGCUGGAAGGGGUCUCUCACACGAGAGCUUUCGUAGUUACGGCCAACAGGAGUGAGUUGCCUUGUGGAUUUAGUGUUAGUGGAAAAGGUUUGAGGAUUUGUUUAUGUUUUCAGGUAUUAGGUUUAAAAUAAAGUAUAUAUAUAAAAAAAAAAUAGGAAAAAGGUUUUGUGAAAACACUUAAGAAUCUGAUUGUUGGAAAGAAAUAUUGCUCGUUCAAAAGGCCUGUGACAGUUUUCUGGCCAGUUUUUCUAGGAUCUGGCUGGUGUUUACAAAAGGUCACUGACCACUAGCAUAGGUUAUUAAUCAUCUCCAUACAGUAUUAAUUUAUGGCUCUUAUCAAAUUGAAAAACUGCUUUUUAAAAAAAAAAAAAAAAGAAAUUGAUUCUUAGGAAAUGUUUUUUAAAAGCCCAAAUCUUGGGAAAGCAAGCACAUUUCUAUCCAAGCUUGUUUAUCUGGCAUUCUAAUUUAAGCAGAAUCAUUCAGAGAUGGAAUUCUAAUAAGUAGCAUUACUUUUUCCUAUUUAUUUGCUGCAUUAGUGUUGUUGCAGUCCCACUGGGGUUGUCCUUGCAGGAGGUUCUCUGUCAGGUACCAUAAAGGUGCAGGAUCUCUGUCACCACAGAAUUCACCACAUCAAGACUUGGAUUCCCAAGGGGCUGCAAUUCCUAAGCUCACACUCUGCCAUAUCCCAUUGCAAGGAGGGAUAUGUUCACAUAGUGGUUUUUUCCCCCAUUUUUAUGUGCACAGUUUUGGCAAGGGGCUUGUGGGAGUUUUAUUCUGUUUACAAAAAAAAAAAAAGCAGCUGAAUUGCAUGGGGGGGUUGCUGGUGUUCUGUAAAGCAGCAGAACCGCACAGGUUUUUAAUCUUGUUUAAGGUAUUUAAAGCAUGCUUGAAAUUGCUGUCUUUGAGUUAGAAGUGGGUUUUCUUUAUACUUAUUUUUACCAUGGUCAUACCAAGAAUGUCAGGCUGGGUCUUUCCUAUUUUGCCAGAAGAGUGAUUUGAGAUUUCAGAGAGGAUUUCUGAGCUAUUAAGAACAGAACUCACUGUGAAUAUCCAGCUGGUGUUUUUGACUGAGCUCUGCAGGUGUUACUUUUUUAGCAGUCUGCUAAAAAAAGGGGUUUAUUUUCAACUUAGUGAGAUGUGAUUGACAUCUGUCAUCAUCCCUGCCAUGCCUUGUGCUUCACAGCCCUGCAGAAAAGGCAGAAGAGGCAAAUCUUGCAGAGAAACCAGGAGGAGACCCUGUCCUUCAACAUCACAAAAGUGUUCUGUCAAACAGGGAGAUCCUGAGCAGCUCUGCAAGUCACCUCUGAGGUGUGGGAGGGAUUUGUGUGCAGUUGGAGUUUUUUUAAACAAAAAUGCAGCAAGAUGCAACCCGAAACCCUACAACAAGUUUUGGCCUGAACUUGGCAUCUGCUCUGUGCUGUUAUGCAGCUGAGGCACUGAAGUUGCCAAUUUCUCAUAAUUAAUAUGAAGGGUGGGGAAAUCAAAACCACCUGAGAUUUUAUCUUGUCUUACUAUCCCAGGAUUCUUUUAUUUUUUUUUUAUUUUGUAAUUUCUUAUUAAGCUUUACAGUUGAUGACUGCUGAAAUAUUUACUUCUACAUUUAGAAAUUCCAAACUUUAUAGAGAUGCUUCUUCUGUUCAAAUUGGACAGUAAAACCAUUUUUGUGGGCUCUUGCUAAGAAUAGACUGACAACAUGACAUGAAAUUAUAACCUUGUCCUGUAACUGAAGCCAGGAGCCUGAUCCUGCACCCCAGUGAGCUCAGCACAGCCACUCAUGAGUAGCUGUGUCUGAAUGUUGUGGUCUUAUGAAAGGUUUGGAUUAUUUAAUCCCUUUUUUUUUUGCUUACUCCUGAAGCUUUUUUCCUGUAAUAAUACCAGAAGACUCUUCUGCUUGAAGCUUUUAAUGUUAGAGAGAAAUGUCCUUCUCUGCAGUCAGGAUUCUGGUUAAUAUUCCUUUUAAUGAGUGUUUUUAGGAGGAAAAGUUGGGGAAAACCACCCUGUAGUUUGGUGGGAGGUUUUUUGGCUUCUGAAUGGAUAAGGAGAGGUUCAGAUUUAACAAAUGUAUCCUUUGGUGCAGCUGUGGCCCUUGAAGAAUGUAAAGGCUUGGGAAAUGCUGGGUUUGAUUUCAGGAGUCCAUGGUUGGACCGUGGAGCUCAGAGGGAUAAAAGUGCUCAGAGAACUGAACUGGUUAUAAAGUGUGGGGGAAACACCUGUAAAACAAAUUAUCCUCAUAUGGUACAAGGUGAGAAUGCCCAGGUUCAGCAGCAGCAGUUGGGAGACCGUGGAGAUAAAGGAAUUCUGCAUUUCAGGAUGCUGGGAGGCUUGAGAAGAUGUGGUUAUUUCUGGAAUUUGUUAUUCCAGAGCUCAACACUUCCACAGCUGAAGUGUUGUUUGGGAUGGCUUUAACAGAGAACAUGGCUUGUGAGAACUGAAGUUUGCAGUGGCCAAAAGCUGAAGGAGACCAGAAUUUAGGAGGUGUGGUGUUGGCAGCAAGGCACAGGAGUUGAUUUAAACCCACCAAAAACUCCCCUGAGGUUGAAGGAAUUGAUUAAGACAUCAGUGGUGCUGAUUCUUCAAUUACACCACAGGUUGUGUCCUGUCAUCCCAGGGGUGGGAUUGCUGCUUCAUCCCAGAAAAUGCAGAGGGGAGUUGAGUCCACUGUGCUUGGAGAGGCACAGAUUGGCCCAGUUUUUAGAAAACCUGCAAAAAUUGAGAUGUCACCGCUCUGGAGCCAUGGAGCACAAAGAACGUGUGUGGCUUUGCCUGGUGAGGAGCUGUCCUGUCCCUGGGUGCAGGAAUGGGGGAUCUGCUCCAAGGGGCAGUGAGAGAUCCCUGAACACAUGGGAUAGACUUUUCUUAAAUAAAACCAGCAGGUUUUGUGAGGAAGAACUGCUCCCAGCAGUGAGGAUUGACAGGCUUGGGUCCUGUGCUUGCACUUUGGGUGUUCAAGCUCAAACUAGCACAGACAUGUCAGAGUUAAUUUUCUCUUAACAUGGUCAAGGGAGUAUUUGGAAGCCUGUGAGGUGGAGCAGGAAAGGGACGGGGUGGUGGGUGACUAAUAAUGUGAUUCUUACAGUUCCUGCUCUUUGCCCCAUUGGUAGCCAGACAGCUUUGUACCUUUUGAUGUUGCAGGCCUCUUGCAAGUAGCCAGCUAUUUAUUGAAAUAUAUCUAACUUAAAAUUGUGUCAUCAAAACACUGAUCUUUUUAAUGGCAAUGUACUAUAUGGAAGUUUGUUCUCAGGGCUUCGUAUUUAUACUGUCUUUUUAGGGGGAAGCAUUUAAAGGGAUGUAUUUGGAAAAAAGGCCAGUGGCUACUUUACAGCUUGGACCUUGAUUGUCCUGACCUGUGAGCCCAAGCUAGUGUAACUCUCUUACUGAACCUCUCUCCCUGGUCCAGCCCAAAGAAUCUGCCAUUCCUCCUGUCCUGGUGAGCAGGGACAUGAGUCUUCCUUUAGGAUUGCUGCAUCCCUCCAUGGGAAUGGUCACACGGGAUGACCCCGCUGGGCUUUGCACCAUUUCAAGGACGUUUGUGUUCUCCAUGCAGCUGGAAAAUUGACUUGCACAGUUCCCAAAGCAGCCAUCAGGGCAUUCCUCCUCUGGGAAGGUGUGAGGUUCUCUCCUGCACGAGUUCCAACACUUCCAGCUCCUGGCUGCUUCUUGGCAGCCCCUGUCACAGACCUGACCCAAACCUUGACACCCACCCCCCCUCUUUGCUUCCUCCUCUCCCGGAACCAAACUCGCAUUUCAGAGAUUGAUUUUCAUAUCUGAGCAACUUUUUAGUGGUUAUUGAAAUCCUUUUUAGUUAGGACUGUUACAAUUACUUUUUUUAGGCGUUCACACCAAAAUAAGCAUCGCACCAAACGAAUGUAUAGCGACACUGUCAGCAAACAUUGCCUGUGGGAGAGGCACAGGUGACUGUCAUCUCUGCUCCAGUGGCAGUUUUCCCAAAGGCUUGUGCACAGGAUAGCUGGUGUUUCAUCCAAAGUAACCACCCUGGUUUUCUACUUGUGAUAAUAAAUACCAUUUUCUAUUACCCAACAGAACAGCAGCGCUUCUGGCUGGUGUUUCCAUCCAAAUGAGAGUCCUGGAGCUUUGGGGCUGGAGAUCCUGCCUGGAUCCCCCUCUCUGGGCCAGCUCCUCCUCAGGAUUUGUGCUGGCUGUGGCAGGGUAGUGGGGGGCAAUCCCACCUCCCUGCACAGGGUGUUACAUCCAUGUGAAUGUUCCCAUGGUGGUUCUCACCUCCAUCCCCACAUCCAGGUGUAGCAAAAGGGUUUUUUAAGGACCUCUUGCCCUAGAUUUGAAGAUCUUCAAUGCAGAUCCUGUUUGCAGCAUGUGAACUUCAGUAAAUGUAAAUGCAUUAAAUUCUUACUGAAUUUGGGUAUAGUUUUAUAUCGUGCUCUGGGGAGAGGGAGGAAAUUGGAUCACGUUUUAAACGAAGCCCCACAAACCCAAGUGUCUCUGUUGCAGCAGGUAACAGAGGCCUGUAGAGAUUUUUAAUUUGCAUAUUUUUAUCAUGGCUUAAUGAACUGUACACGAAUGUGAUUUGCUACCCAGCACUUCCCACGAGGCAGAACCACUAAAAUUACAUUGCAAGGUACUGACUUCACACUUUUUCAUUUCACCUGUGUAUACAACAAUUAGGUACCACGUAGGAUAACUUUGAUCUGGCUCUGAUGCCGGUGUGUGGCAUGCACAGCUCUUCCUAAGGUGUAACAUUACUUUUCUGAAGCUUAAACUAGGGCAGACAUCCCUGAGCCUGUGGAAUUUGGGAUUCAUUCUGGCCACGCUCGCGUGGGUCGCUGACCUCUCCCUGAGCAGGAAAACCAGCAGGAUUUGCUCCCUGCAGAAAUCCUCCAGGCCAAAAGCAAGGAAUGCUGCUAAUUUGUGAUCAUUUUAAGCAGUUGCUGUUGUGUUCUGAAAUAUAUUCCUGGAAGUCAGGGAGGUGUUGGCAAAGCCAGACCUGUUCAGGCUGGAAUUGUUUUGUGUGGAGAUGGGGAAAACCCAUGGCCGGGGCUGGAAUGAAUGCUGAGGCUUUAAACCUGCUCACACAUAACCCCAGACACUGAUGUUGUGUGUGCUGUACAUUUAUAAUAUAUCUUCAAAAUAAAGUUUUUUGAUUUAUUACAA